AUCUAAUGUAUCCAUGUGAUAGACCUUCUUCUCAUAACAUACUGAAACAUGUUUCUGGCUCUGUGUGGAAGAGGAAGAUGUUUAUCAUCAAAGCUGUCAACAACUGUAAAGGUUACCACCAGGUUUGGUCAGACAAAUAGAUAUGCUGGAUAUCCUCAGUUCACUUUGAGUAAAUCUCCUCUUACAACACGUAUCAAUAGCUGUGGAAAGUACAGAGCGAAUCAGACAAAUCCACCUUCUAUUCAGCAUAUAUGUGGGUUUCGCACCAGUCAACAGAACAGGGCAUUUCAUCCUGUGAUUUGGGUACUGUUAAAACCAGCCUUAAAGAUUGUCACUGUGAUUACCUCCCGGGUGUAUCGACAAUGGUUCAAGGAUCUACCAAGAUGGAAGAAGAUAAUGUAUGUGUUAACUUAUGUGUCAGUAGUGGGUUUACCACUGAUACUGAUGUACCAUUUAUACAACUCCAAUCAAGUAACACCCAUCACCAAUAGGAAACAGUUUAUCAUCCUUACUCCUGAACAGGUUUUAAAGGUCAGCGAGUUUGAGGCAGAACAGCACAUAACACAGUUCAAGGACAAAAUGUUACCAGCUACACACCCAUUCUACCAGCCACUAUUAUGGGUUGCUCAGAGACUGUUACAAGCCAAUCAGGACCUACCUAUACUAAAGGAUUUGAAGUGGAAGCUGUGUAUUGUUGAAGAUUCUGCUCUAAAUGCUUUUGUUCUUCCAAGUGGACAUGUCUUCUUCACAACAGCAAUUUUAGAAAUGAUGGAAAAUGAGGACCAGCUAGCUGUUGUUUUUGGUCAUGAGAUGGCACAUGCUGUUUGUUCUCAUUCUAUUGAAGCAUUGUCUAAGAGCCAGUUUAUGGACUACUGUAUCAUCUUUUUUAUGACAGCCAUUUGGACCAUAAUACCAUCAGAUGGAAUCGCCAUAAUAACUCAAUACUUUAUGGAAAAAAUCAUGCAUUACACCUUUACCUUGACCUUCAGUAGGGAGCUAGAAGAAGAGGCUGAUGUUGUUGGCCUGGAAAUGGCAGCCAAGGCCUGUUUUGAUGUACGAGAAGGCAGCGUGCUAUGGAGAAGGAUGAUGAUGAUUAGAGAUUUAACAGGAACAAAGGGUCUGGAAUUCACAUCAACACAUCCUUCCAAUGAAAAUCGGAUAACCACAAUGGAGAAGUUAUUGUCAAAGACUAUUGCUAUACGAGACGCCUGCAAUUGUCCAAAGCUGCCUGACCUUGACCCUCGUAUUCGUGUCAAAGCGAUCCAGAAGAAGGUAGAUAAUGUGGUUAUUGCUCGGAAAGCAGGACAAAACUUAGCCUUGGUACCAAAGGUUACAAGCUCAGGCAGGAUAAUAACACAGAAAUAGUUCCCCGGUGUAGGGAUGAAAUGUACCAUGGUCAGCCUUCUCUUAUUUCUUGACUUCCUUGAAUCCAGUGAUGCUGUAGUGACUAAAAAUACAUUUCAGGAUGAAAAUUUGAUAUUUAUUUUUGUAUCUUUGUGAUAUGCAGAAAACAAGGAAUGCUUCCAGUGUUACAGUAUUCCAUGGCAAAACUUUGUAGAAUGCAGUGUAUACUUUGGUAGAUAGAAGUUAUUUGUGUUCUUACUUCAAACUCAUGUUCAAAAAAGAAGUAGAUCUUACAGCCAGCAUGUAAUUUCUUUUGAAGAAUUUCAACAUUGACCUAUAAAUUGUUGAUCAUGUUUUAUCACGGAACUACUCAAGUGUGUUAGAUUAUGAAGUUCCCCUAUGCAACUCUGUGUCUUCUGCCUGUUACAAAGUCUCCACAAUGAUAACCAGUGUUCUCUUGGUGUUAAACCCUGGCAUACAUCAGCCACAAUGAUUUACUCUACAACAUGGAACUUAAUAAAUAAUUGAGCAUUAACCUUUUAUUUAGUUUAAUUAAUGAGAUCCUAAAUCCAAUCGAUCAUGAGGUAAACAGCAUUUACGCAUAAUUUACUUCGUGCUCCACUGGAUAUAUAACCUUAUAACCAAAUGAAAGGUUAAUGCUUAUAUUUACAAUAUUUUCUUUUUACAGAAUUUAUCAAGUCAGAAACAAAUAUUUACUUUUUGUAAUCUACAUACGAAAUUAUUUUGACGCAAUAUUCACCCGUGCUCAACAGCCAUUUGCAAAUUUCUGCCCACUCACUUUCUCUGUGACCAAAAAAAAAAAGGAAAAAACUUCUUCCAUUUUAAUAAUUUAGAAAUUUGAAUCAAAUGUUUUAUUCAUUACAACAAUCUCAGCUUUUUUAUUUUGUUUCUUAUGAAAUAGAUAAUGUAGUUUACAUGCUGCCAUUUUGUAAACAUUGACAUAUGGCUUGCAGAAAAAAGUCCACGAACAUUUUCAUUAGACUGUAUAUCCAUAUUUGGUGAAUUAGGUCAUGCUCUACACUGGAGUUUAUUAAAAAAAUUGCUCACACUUCAAUUAUCUUUUUUAGAAACAGUUCACUUUUUAUCUGUUUUACAGUCUACUGUAUUUACAUAUCAUUACCGGCCUUUCUAACCAACACAUUAACCCCUAUACCAGCAUUAACUGGAAAGAAUUCUUCCUAGAAAUAGUAAAUAUCAUGACACUCCAUAUCAACUGACUGCAUGAAGGGUUGCACAGUGUACAUGUUGUAAUAAAAACCUUGGAGCAGCUAUGUGUGGACAUGAAUGAGGAUGUGAGGAGAGUGACGAGAGUGACAAGAUUUAAUAUAUGUAAUGUUAUUGUUAAGAGUUUAUCUGUCAUAUUUAUUUUUACCUUGUGUGUAGACCACGACUCGUCUAAAGAUCAAACCUGAGGUAAAAACAAUCCAUCUUAAACACUGUCAAUGAAAUGAUGUGAUUUCAAACUUUUGAUUGGUUAUUUACUGUAUCAUUACUUGAUUAUUGGUGAUAUUAUGUUAGAAAAUACAAGUAAAAUUUUACAUAAAUACUUUACUUUUUCACCAAAAUACCAUUAUCUUACUCUUUAUAUGGUCACUUAAGUAACACAUAUAGAUUGGGGGGACACUUUUUCAUGAUUUCAAAUAAACACUGAUAAUUGUUUUUUAACUUUAUCAGUAUUAUCAUAUCACAUUAUACAUGUCUCACUGACACCCCUCCAUGUCAAUUGAAACCUGUAAGGCAUUGAUUGGUAAAUUUUAUGUUUAUUAAGUGAAUAUGAUUGUAGAGAGUGUUUAUAUUAAGAAAAAAAAAAAAACAAAGAAUGUGUGCGACAGAUGCCCCACCCCAUAGCUUGUCAUUAUGCAGACAUAAUGACCAUGGGAUGACCAAGCUGCCACCCCUGACUUGUCUUUGUUUAAUAACAACCAUAGGAUGUCCCAAUCCAAACCCCUCAGCUUGUUGUUACUUUGGACAUAAUGACCAAAACGAUAACCCAGCCCCCACCCUUAAUCUUGACAUUAUGUAGACAAAGUACCAUGGGAGGGCCGAUCUGUUGAGAAUUGACACAACACACCAGAGAUCAGAGAUGCUGAUUUCAUUUCUCCUGAUAACAUACAGUAAGUGUGGUGUUUUAUUAUUAUAUGUGCAAUCAUGUUGUUAAAGGAUGUAAAAUUAUGACAAAAUCAUUUCCAUUAUGUAUGAUACAGCUGUGA